CGUAACGGGCAGUGAGAGAGCGGGAGAGCGCUCAUUGGAAAAAUCGCGCGCUCCAGCACAAGAUUGCGCUCGGGCCUCGGCGGGGACGCACUUUUUCAUUUCGAUCGCGUACGGGUACGAGAACGGACGGACCAUCAUCACCACGGAACACGGGAACGAAACGGAACUAACACAGAUUGUCUCCUCUGGCCUGGAUGUCCUAGCAGAGACACACACACCCACAAACACACACGCGUUAAUUAAGGAAUCCCUGCUUGAAAACAAGAUUUGCGCGCGCGCUUUGUAAAUGUGUGGAACCGUGUGAGCGUGUAACGUGGAUUAAAGUGUGACGAGGAGAAGAGGAAGGAAGUUGCACACACACACAUACCGAAUUAGUGAGAUUACAGGAGAUUUCUGAAGUGAUAUCUACACACGCACCUCGCGUACACGCUAAAAUUAAGCGGAUAAGAAAAAAAGAGCUUGAAGUGGGAGAAAGUGCUUGAAGGUGGAGAGUGUUUUAAGAAAUGUGUUGAUUGUUUGGUGAGCCUGGAAAGAGGAAGAUCAAUAAAAUUAGUCGAUAAUUGGAGCGGAAGUGAGGUUAAGGUUGGAUAAUCUGAGUGCACGGAGAGAAAAGGGCGCAGUAAAACACACGCAAAAUGAGUGAAUUUCCGUCGGUUGUGGAGUUGAACGUCGGAGGAUCUCCGUACGCGACCCGGUUGGAAACGCUGCGAUCCGAGGAGGGAUCGUGGCUGUCGGAGGUGUUUGGCGGAUCGCCGGACGAUGCGGCUCGGGACAGCCAGGGUCGGUUUUUCAUCGAUCGGGACGGCGAGCUAUUCCGGUACGUGCUGGAGUACCUGCGGGAACCGGCCAAGUUCAAGAUGCCAGUGGACUUUCCGCAGCGGGUUCGCCUCAGGAAGGAGGCCGAGUUCUUCCGGUUGGGCGGACUGGUCGAGCAGACCACCAAGGAUCCGGGCACGAUCUCGAUCGGCUACCGGGGCAGCUUCCAGUUUGGUCGCGACGGCCUGGCGGACGUCAAGUUCCGGAAGAUCACCCGACUGCUCGUUCACGGUCGGGUUGCCACCUGCCGGGAAGUGUUUGGGGACACGCUGAACGAGAGCCGCGACCCGGACCACGGCGGCCCGGAUCGCUACACGGCACGGUUCUUCCUGAAGCACGUGUUCAUCGAGCAGGCCUUCGACAUGCUGCAGGAGAACGGGUUCCGCUGCGUCGGAAGCUGCGGCUCCGGCACGGCCGGCUCCGUCAACGAGAACCUCAAGCCCGGCGUCGACUCGGAGGAGAACCGCUGGAACCACUACAAUGAGUUCAUCUUUGUGCGCGACUAAGUCGCCAGUCGCCAAGUCGCGGCGAGUUUUGGAGAGACCAAGGAAAAUGUAGAUAUCAUGUGAUAUACAACUAAAUAGUGAGCAGCAAAUCGAAGCGAGCGCGAGCGCGAGAAGGCACAGGUUUAGAAAACACCCCCCACAAACACUUAAUUCUGUAUAGAAAAAAAAAAAACAAAAACUUCAUUUUUCCGCCAACCACACAAAACUCGGCAAAUCAAACGUGACAGCCAUCGAUUCCGAACAUCUAUCUACUCGUGAGGGGUGGGGAGUAGGAAGGGACCUUGUUGAAAAUCAUGACGGGUCGUCGUUGAUGGCGCUUCCGAGUCCGCACACAUCAUCAUUUUCGCUUCCAUCAAACGCGCUGACCACCAACUGGGUGGGUUGGAUUUCAAGUGGCUUUUGUACCCGCGUCAACUUUAUCGGCGUCAGCGUUGGACUGUUUUCCGGUCCAGGGCCGUUCCUUUGAUGAGACCGUUGCUUGGGCUUGGCGACUAUCGCGUGCGGGAGAUUGAUUGGGCUCUGGACCGUGGAGCGCUUGUUGGACGGUGGAUAUGGAUCUGCUUAUUAAGUGAAUUGGUGAGGGUAGUCUAAUGGGGGGAUUCUUCCGAGGUCAUCCUGAGCAGUGGGAGAAGUGACGGGAAGUUACGGUGGAACAUUUGUUCUUCUAAUUACAAAAUAGUGUUGCUGAAAGCUUAACAUCAAUCAACAUAGAUUUUUUUUUAUCGAAAUGAGUGGUUGAGAAAUUGGUAAACCAUCUGAACACAAUUUUAACGAAAAUCAGUUGUACGAUGAACAACAAUUAACUUCAUAAGCGAUUUUCAUCAAGUUUCUACCGAAAUCGGUAGUUUUCAAUUUUUAGUUUACUGAAUUCGCUAAUAACAUUUUAGUGUGUAGGCUUCAAAGUCUUGGUAAUUCGAUGUUUAAAGUCCACCAGAUUCGUUUAAGCGUGUAUCUGUCAUCCAAGUUCUUUAUGCACUUUGAUCCAAAAUUUAAAAAAAAAUCGUACAAAACUCAUUGCUGAGUUGGAACGGUUUCGAUAAAAGUUGAGUGAAAAUAACUUUGAAAUGAGUUGUUUUAAGUUGAGCGUGUGUGAUUGCAAACAAAUUGCAAAGCUAAGGCAACAAAAUAUUGGCCAACUAGACUCUUUAUUGAGACAUCUGAAUGUCAAAAUUUAUCACUAUUGGCUACUUUCUACGAGACAUCUCGUAGACAAUGAGUUGGCCGUUGCUGUGGACUGGGGUUUAAGUUGCAAGGCAAAAAAUAAUAAUGAUUUUUAAAACAAGAAACAAUUUCAGUAAGGCUAUCUAGGCUCCGUCAAAAAAUAUAAUUUAACCCAAUAAUGACUAACUUCUCGUCACAGUGUCAUGAUGCAAACAAUGAUUGAGCUCGAGCUGUCACAGCCCUGCGAAAUAUGUUGGCUGACAUAUCGGGCGGUCAAUAAAAAAAAAAAACAGCUGGAAUCCACCUGUCAAAAAACUUUUGCUAGAAAGAGAUAGCAAAUCUGAUACAAACAAACUCCCAGCUGCCAUGUAAACAUACUUUGAAUGUGUUGGUAAAUUUCUGUCUAAAAAAAUUUACCGAGCUGUCAAAUCUGCAACACGGAGUUAUAUUUUCUGUGAAGUUGAUGUGAAGCUUACCAUGGCAAUUUGAAAAGAUUGAAUCUUAAAUCAUUUCUCAGAAGUUUUGUUCAUUGCAGAAUCUUGAAAAUAUCUAAAUUUUUAACAUAUUUGAUGAAAAGUGUAAAUGUUACUGCAUUUUGUUCAAAAUAGCGAUGGGAAAAUGAAUUUGUCUCUUCUCAUGUACAAAAUAUCAAUAAAGAGAAACUCGCAAAAUCAAUUAUUGGAUUUUCGAGUUAAUUUUCGAUUUCACUACUACGUUUGCAGGGGGAACGUCACACGCUAAAACAAGAACUGUCGUUUUUUCAUAGUUCGCCAAUGUGUGUAAACAAAACGAAUUAAGUUAAUUUGAGUGGUAAUUGAUGUUCAUUUCUACGUUUACAAGAGAUUUUCUUUGUCCUACUUAACUUCGUCUUACUUCCAAAGGUGAGAGAUUUUAACUUAAGAAAAAUGAAGAGAAUAGUUUUCGUCUUGUCUUGCAAUUAAAAAGACAUUUGACCUUGGAUUUUUUUUUCAAAUUGUAUUUUAGAAUCAUGGUCAAACCAAAACAAUGUUGACAGAUUGAAAAGUAAAAGUUGAGUGCGUACAGGUUCAUUCAAAAUUAAAGAAAUUUCGAUAAUACUCAUCAAACGUGUAAUUUUAACUCAGGUUUAAUAAAAAUUCGAAAGGUUGAAUAUAAAUGGCAAAAAUCAUGGUUUUGAUAAAUUUCAAGAAAUUUGACCCUUUAGAAAUUUUGAAUUGAGAUUCGGUCUUUCAAAAACAAGUGUCCAGAAUAGAUACAGAGUGAAUUGGAAUUUGCUACUUGGAACGAAUGACAGCUGUCAAAAGUACGAAACAACGUGCUCGGAAAUCGGUAAACAGUAGGUUUAAGAUACAAACAACAGUUUGGCAACUGAUGUUGAUCCUUCAAACAAGCGAUCUUCACGCACGUCCAAAAUAACUCAGUUUUCGUCAAAACCGAACCUACUCAAAAAUGAGUCAAUGGGGAAUCUGUCAGAUUUGAAUGAAUUUUACUCUGAAUUCUACGCAUUAGUGUGCAUUAGUGUUGCAUUAGUGUUGCAUUAGUGUGAGUGCAUCUCUACGAGCCACGAAAACCAAAACAAUAACAAAAGAAUAAAGGGCCUUGCCAGAAAAACCAAAUCAUUACCAGAUUCAGCUUUUUUUAUUGCAGUAACAGAGACAGAAAUAUCGAUUUUGACAAUCGCAUGACAACACGCUCAAAUUACUUUAGGUAGUAACAAACAAUAAAAUGUUACGAAUGUGAAAUCACAUUAGCAAAAUCCAAAUGAGUUUUUCAAGGCAGCUAUCAGUUUUGAGUAAAUAUCACUCAGAAUCAAGCAGAAUAAAUCUAAUCUUGACAUUUUCAUCAAUACUCAUUUCAUAGUAAGUUUGGUCUUGAAGAAAUCUGAAUGAAUUUAAAAUUUAAAGGGUGAAGUAAUAUCCACAUAGGAGUAACGAUAGAGAAAUCAUCGUGGGAAAGGUUGAUAUCAAUGAGAUAUCAAUGAAUAUGUUUUGAGAAUUUUGAGUGAAAUUGCAUUCUCUCCAUUAAAUUGACAGAUUAAACGUCAGUUAUCACUACAAAUUGGGAUAUGUCGAGUAGAACAAAUUUGGAGUAAAUUAUCGGAAGCUUUAAAUCUCUCAAAUUCAAUCCAGUUGAUUCCUACUGGCAAAUCAUUCCGGACCGUAAUUGAAAAAGCGAUUUCCGGUGCUUUGUCCCAAAUUUCAUCAAGCUGCAAUUGCACCUCACCCCGGCCCUCAACAUCCCUUAUCAUAACCGUAAAAAUCACGACCUCAUCUGGUCCCGGCCCCAUUCCCGGGUUGCCACUGGCUUCGAACAGAGAUAAAUAUCAAUUUUCCAACCCCCUCCCGUGCCAAACCCCACACGGUUUUAUGUGAGCUUGAAGUCGUGUCGCUUCAAGCUUUUCCAGGAAUAACGACCAUAAAAUACAGUCCCCAUUUUUUUCUCAGAAAUUGAGGAAGCUACCGCUCAUAUCUGGGCCAAUCCCUGCAAUUGAACUUGGGCUGAUGAAAAAAUGUAACGAAGGCGACGACGGGAGCUGUAAAAAGAUAUUUCGGGAAAUUCAUUUUUUUUCCUUUCGGGAAGUCCCGUGGGAAAGUCCAGCACCAUUAGUCGCUGCUACACAACUCGAAGGCAGAGAAGAAUGGGAUGGUCGUUCACGAGUGAGUUUACGCUGAUCAAAAGAAGGGGAGAUUUUACAGAAAAAUUGAAUUUCUGACAGCAGUGCUGCCAACUGGUAAGCGGAAGCUUUAGCGUACAGCUUCCGUUUGUCAGCCUUUUGAGUGAAAAACCGAGGAAUUCUGGAUUCAGCAUUUCUCGGAGUCGGCAUAGAGUGGAAAUUGAGAUUGGUCACUACAUUUUCAAUCUUAAAUUUAUCAAGAAAUAGCAUUACUGGCAUCACUGGUGUCACAUUGUCACCUGUCAAUGGUUGGUCAACGCAUUUCUCAAUGUUGAUUUGUUCUUGUAUGGAACGGUUGUAGACGAAAUGCCAAACUGACAUCAGUCAGAAAGUACGCUUGUGGAACAAGUACACAAAAGACCUGCUCAUUCUUCCAACUUUACCAAUUUUACUCAGUUUGCGAUAAAUUUCGCGUGAAUUUCAACCAAAUCUUGCGAACAGCAAACUCAAUCUCCAGUUGGUUAGAUUUUUGAGAAUCUGAGUAAUUUUCAACGUGCGUGCACUUUAACGAUAACUCAUUUCCGUUUUUGCUGCAUGGGUUCCAAGAGAUGUCAAAGUGACAUCUGUCAGAUGCAUGCACGUUUCCGCAAAAUUACUCAAAUUCGAGUAUUAUUCACCCAAAACCAAUGUAAUGCACCCGAAUUCUUCGACUUUCCAAGAGUUGUGAAUCCAUCAGCGUUGCCAAAUUGUGGGAUUAUUCUAUAAUCUAGAAAUCCACUCUAUGCCGGUUACAUUCCGUGGAACGACACUGUGUGUGAAGUCCCGGCCCUGAUGAAUAAUGGAUCCGGGGAAAACUUGACCCAGCAAUGAAAGGCAGCAGCAGAGUUGCCUUCGGGAUGUUGAUACCCAUCCCUUCAGCAGUGUUGGCCUGAAAUUGCCAAAGAAGCACAGCCUGCUGUGGAUGCUGGGGAAGAAAAAUCGAUUUUCACGGGAUUCUUCGCCGGAAGACCUUGGAGAAGGACGAACGGAAGAAUAAGGAAUAAAAAAAAGGGGCCGGGACGUGGGUUCAUUUUAUUGCGAAGGGAUGUCCACUCUCAUGGCAUUUCAUUGGUUAUGAUUGAGGUUAGCGGGGCCCCCCUCCCGGAGGGGGGGGGGGUGAAUUUCCGGCUCCCCGAAGGACCAUUCAUUCCCGCACAUUGUGCGGCGCAGUCCAGGGAUAAUUUCGCUUAAUAGAAGUGUCCGAUAUAAUCAUGGCUCAGCAGCGGGGUUCCACGGGAAAACUUUGAUCUGUCAAACUGGUGCGACGUCGUUUUUUUCUGGCUGGCAACAUUGAAUUUAAAAACUCAUUAAACUUUCAUUUCAAAUGCAAAAUGAGAUCCCUUGGGGCGCGCUCGCUAAAAAAAGUUGCAUCCAAUUAAAAAGUCCUCGCGUGAAAGAAAGAAAAUUGAAAAUUUGCGAAGCUUUUUUUCGGCGUAGGACCGGCGACGAAUGCUGCUCCGAAAGGUGUGAAAAAUUCGAUAAAAGUUAAUUAGCGUGCAAGAUAAGGGAGAGAACGACAAAAAAGCUCGCAGCGAAAAUGUGCAAGUUUGAAGCCUUCUGGGAACUGGGUGACGUUGGUUGAAUCGGUGUCGAGGUGAAAUUCGCUGGGACGUGGGUUGACCGGGUUGAAUUGGGGAAAAUUUUGGUGCCAUCGAGGUAGGGAUCAAACGAGAAAUAAUUAUGGCAAUUCUAAAUAAUUUUUGGGUGAUUUUGCAUUUCACCAAUUUUUUUUGGGUAGAAUAAUUGUCUCGUUAAGGAUUAAAUCAAAUUGAACAUUUUUUUUCCUGAAAAUUUAAAACAUUUGUGCAAAGAGCAAAGAUGAAAAAAUCAUCGUUUAUUUUGACAUUUACUAAGAGAGAAUAUCCACUUUCAUGCACAAAAUAUCAUUUCAAUUUCACUACUACAUUUUCAGACGAAACGUCACACGUUGAAAAUGACCUGACAAUUAUUGUAGGUUUACAAUGAUGGCAAUCAGAAAGAAAUAAACUGAGUUAAGUGGUAUGACAAAUUAAAUUCAAGAAAAGAAAUUUGCCGAUUGGUGUUCUCGUAAAAGUUCUGCCAAUUUCGUGGGUGAAAGAAAUCAAAAGGGAAAAUUUCACAAAGAGAUUUUAAUGAGUUAUCCAUAAACAUACAUAAACAUAGAGAAAAAAAAACAAAAAUCUUUAAUAUUUUCUGGAUUUUUUCUUUGUUUACACUCAAUUGAAAACAUGUCAACAUUUGUGACAGCUGUCAACUAAAAACAGUAAAAACGAGUAGCUUGCUGUGUUGACAGUGCAGUGCCAUAUCAAGACAGUUUUGUAAAAUAAAACAUGUUUGAGCAAUUAAAGGAGGGCCCCUUUUUUGUGUACAACAGUUUGCCAAACUCAUAAACAAAAUUUGUCUAUAGGCUGACUUUUUUGCGAACAAAUUUAGGAAAACAAACAAAGAGGGCAAAGAGCAAAAUUGUCAAAACGUGCAAGUUUGUUUGUCUAAUACCUUCUUAAGCUACUCGAGCUUAGAUUUCUAGGGAAACAUUGAAAGAGGGCCAAAGUCGAAGUGUAAACAAAACUGUCAAUCGGGCUCAUUUAAGAUGAUGUUUGGAUUUGGAACGUGAAGGAAUUCCUUCAAUUGUAGAA